UGGACAAAUAAAAAUGGACGAAAAGGAUCCAAAACUGGUCAUCCCCCAAUUUUCUCAAAAGACCCGACCCAAUCCACAUUACCCAUCAGCCCAUCCAUUUGUUGCCCUUCCAAAUCCAACACAAAAAAUCUUUUAACAUUGCUGCUUCGUGCAUGCAUGAAACCUUCCAUCAAAUCAACAAUGGCGAUCUCUACAAUUCAAUCUUCUGUUCUACUCAUCACUAUCCUGUUUCUCCUCGCACCCAUUACCACCCAUUCCAAUUCUUCCGAUGAUUUACUCUCCGAGCUGAGACAUCUCCGAUCAAAAUCUUCCCUUGGCCUGAUCCACCUCAAAGACUCCCUUCUCCAACGCAUCCUCUCAAUCCCUUCCCCUAAACCAUUCUCCUCCCUCAUAUUCUUCGACGCCAGACAGCUCCACUCUAAACCCGAUAACUCAAUCCCUAGUAUUAAAUAUGAAUUCUCCCUUCUCUCAUCUUCUUUCCUCACCAACCACCCCCAAAACAACACUCAGAUAUUCUUCUUCAUCAUAGAAUUUCAAGAAUCGAAGUCUUCGUUUGAGCUUUUUGAUGUUCAAUCUUUACCCCAUAUUCGGUUAAUACCCAUUUAUGUGACGGAUGUUAAAAGUGAUUGUAUUAAAAUGGAUGCUUCUGGUUUUUCUAUGGGAGCUGAGUCGAUGAAGGAGUUUGUGGAGAUGAAUUCUAAUGUUAAUUUGGGUCCAAUUCAUACGCCCCCAGUUAUUCCGAAGAAAAUGAUGAUGAUUAUUGGUGCUGGAUUUUUGAUUUGGAGUCCAUUUUUGGUGAAAAAGUUUGUUAUUGGAAACACCCUUUUGCAGAAUAAGUAUGUCUGGAUGGUUACGACGAUUCUAGUGUACUUCUUCAGUGUUGCAGGGACCAUGUAUACUAUAAUUAGGAAAGCACCUCUGUUUUUGAUUGAUAGAGAUGAUCCAGGGAAGUAUCAUAUCUUUUACCAAGGAUCUGGGAUGCAGUUAGGAGCUGAAGGUUUUGCUGUUGGAUUCUUGUACACGAUAGUUGGAUUGUUGUUGGCACUUAUGACUCAUGUUUUGGUUCAUCUGAAGAACAGGGGAACACAGAGUUUGCUGAUGGCUUUGGGGCUCUUCAUUUCGUUUUGGGCUGUAAAGAGGGUGAUUUACUUAAAUAAUUGGAAGACUGGCUACGGUGUUCAUGCUUAUUGGCCUUCAGGUUGGAUGUGAUAGCAAUGUAGUUUGUCUGUCUCUUAGGUAAGAGUUUUUUAGUUUACACUACAUGUGAGCUGAUUCCGAUUCAACCAAGAGUAGUUGACGGAAAAGUUUCAGCUUUUACAUUUAGAUUUAUCCAGCUUUUAUCUUGUAGUGAAGCAUUUGUUUGCCAGUUGAAGUUUUCUUAUUAAUAAUUCCUCACCUUAUAUCUCUCAAACUUACUGUCUUUUUAGUUACUUACUAGUAGGUUGGAGUGUAUUGACUUGCUGCUCCUUCUAGUAGUCUUAGUAUACUCUUGUUUCUUGUUCUUCAAUUUUUUCUAUUAUAUGUUGUUCGGAUACUUUGAUUGUGUUAGGAUCAAAAAUAAUUACGUGUCGUGUGGAAACUAGCAACACAAACCUCGAAAGACCAUGAGUAAGAAGACAAACGAGAACUAUACCAAAAGAGACACAAA